AUGAUGUUAGAUGAAAAUGGAGGUGGAAUGGCCGGGAACGACCUGCGGACGCUCAUCGAGUCACGCAUUCCUGAGCAUAGAGCGCAUCUGGAAACCAGCCAUCUGAAUCUAGAAAACGUUGCUGCUUAUUGCGAGGCCAACUACCUCAACGCCGUGGAUCGGAAUGCGUCGUUUGAGGAAACAAAGCAGUUUGCGUUGCAGUCCCUCGCCAGUGUUGCGUAUCAGAUAAAUACUCUUGCAAGGGAUUUGUUGGAUAUGCUGGAUUUACAGACCGAUAAAAUUUCAAAUCUGAGCGGUCAAGUGGAAAAUAUAGAUGUGGUUGUUAAUAUCCACAAAGAAAAGCUUGCACGAAGAGAAAUCGGCGCGCUGACGACAAAUAAAACCAUCCAGAAGCAGCCAAAGAUAAUCGCACCUGCUGCUCAGGAACCGCCUCAACGAUACAGACGUGCACCAAUAGACUUUUCUGUUUUGGAUGGAAUAGGACAUGGUGUUCGUUGUGAGGUGCCUCAACAUCGUGGUGGAUUAGUGUCUCGAGCCGCCUCAAGCGUCUCUGGAUCACAACCUUAUUCAAUUGCAAUUACCGCUCCAGUUACGGAUGCGCCCAGCAUAACAUCGGACGAACACAUUACGUUCUUCAAGCAUUUGUAG